CUAGAGUUGGGAAGACAUCACUGAUUAUGUCUUUGGUCAGUGAAGAAUUUCCAGAAGAGGUUCCUCCUCGGGCAGAAGAAAUCACCAUUCCAGCUGAUGUCACCCCUGAGAGAGUUCCAACACACAUUGUCGAUUACUCAGAAGCAGAACAGAGUGAUGAACAACUUCAUCAAGAAAUAUCACAGGCUAAUGUCAUCUGCAUAGUUUAUGCUGUUAACAACAAACAUUCUAUUGAUAAGGUAACAAGUCGAUGGAUUCCUCUCAUAAAUGAAAGAACAGACAAAGACAGCAGGCUGCCUUUGAUAUUGGUUGGGAACAAAUCUGAUCUGGUGGAAUAUAGUAGUAUGGAGACCAUCCUUCCUAUUAUGAACCAAUAUACAGAAAUAGAAACCUGUGUGGAGUGUUCAGCAAAAAACCUGAAGAAUAUAUCAGAGCUGUUUUAUUAUGCACAGAAAGCUGUUCUUCAUCCUACGGGGCCUCUGUACUGCCCAGAGGAGAAAGAGAUGAAACCAGCUUGUAUAAAAGCCCUCACUCGUAUAUUUAAAAUAUCUGAUCAAGAUAAUGAUGGCACUCUGAAUGAUGCUGAACUCAAUUUCUUUCAGAGAAUUUGUUUCAACACUCCUUUAGCUCCUCAAGCUCUGGAAGAUGUCAAGAAUGUGGUUAGAAAGCACUUAAGUGACGGUGUGGCUGACAGUGGGUUGACGCUGAGAGGUUUUCUCUUUUUACAUACACUUUUUAUCCAGAGGGGGAGGCAUGAGACAACUUGGACUGUCCUUCGACGAUUUGGUUAUGAUGAUGAUCUGGAUCUGACGCCCGAGUAUUUAUUCCCCCUGCUAAAAAUACCUCCUGAUUGUACUACUGAAUUAAAUCAUCAUGCAUAUUUGUUUCUUCAAAGCAUCUUUGACAAACAUGAUUUGGACAGAGACUGUGCUUUGUCGCCUGAUGAACUUAAAGAUUUAUUUAAAGUUUUCCCUUACAUACCUUGGGGACCAGAUGUGAAUAACACAGUUUGCACAAACGAAAGAGGCUGGAUAACCUACCAGGGCUUCCUUUCCCAGUGGACGCUCACAACCUACUUAGAUGUACAGCGUUGCCUGGAGUAUUUGGGCUAUCUAGGCUAUUCCAUACUGACGGAACAAGAGUCUCAAGCUUCAGCUAUUACAGUAACAAGAGAUAAAAAGAUUGACUUGCAGAAAAAACAGACUCAAAGAAAUGUGUUCAGAUGUAAUGUAAUUGGAGUGAAAGGCUGUGGGAAAAGCGGAGUUCUUCAGGCUCUCCUUGGAAGAAACCUAAUGAGACAGAAGAAAAUCCGUGAUGAUCAUAAGUCCUAUUAUGCAAUUAACACUGUUUAUGUAUAUGGACAGGAGAAAUACUUGUUGCUGCACGAUAUCUCAGAGUCGGAAUUUCUAACUAAGGCUGAGAUCAUUUGUGAUGUUGUGUGCCUGGUAUAUGAUGUCACUAAUCCCAAGUCCUUUGAAUACUGUGCCAGGAUUUUUAAGCAACAUUUUAUGGACAGCAGAAUUCCCUGCUUAAUUGUAGCUGCAAAGUCAGACCUGCAUGAAGUUAAACAAGAACAUAGUAUCUCACCUACUGAUUUCUGCAGGAAACACAAAAUGCCUCCACCUCAAGCCUUCACUUGUAACACUGCUGAUGCACCCAGUAAGGAUAUCUUUGUUAAAUUGACAACAAUGGCCAUGUAUCCAGAGGAUCAUUACAGAGGCAGCCUCUCCCGAGACAUGGGCAGCACUGAUAGAAUAGAGAAUUUGAGAAAAAUCUGGGUCUUUCUAAAAACUGCUUUCCAUGCCCGGUUACGCUGUAUGUGCACCUGCAACAGGUGUACAUUUUGCAUCUGUCAGAACUUCCUCAACUCAGACUUGCUGCAAUCUGUAAAGAACAAAAUCUUCACUGCAGUUCUUAACAGGUUAAAAGCCCGUGUAGCUGAGUGGGGUGCCAUGCUGUUAGCAGACGACGAAGGCAGUAUUACUCACCAGGUGCACGCCGUCAGCUCUGUAGAAGAUUCCAUCUUCAUGGAGUCAUCUCAUGGUCAGCUUUUUCUUGACAACAGGUAACAGUUCCCACCACCACUGGGUUGACCUUGUUGGAAUCUUCCCAGCUAGAAAAACUGAAAUUUCAAUGUUCUCUUCCCUAACCCUUUAAAAAAACAAAACAUUGCCUGUUGGAAGAAUUAACUUGCAAUGUAGAAUAAACCUGUGUUAUCACUUUGCUUUGUAAAAAACGUAACUGAGAAGAGACUGCUGGUGAGAACUUGAUGUGGAGUGCAUGUGUUGUUUGGCUGUGGUGACCAGCAUGGAAUACUGGCUGUGUUGCAGUGGUUUCUAGAGAAGAACAGAUUACAUUUUCUGAGACUAAUCCAAACAGUCUGUAACUAUCACCAAGGCUAAGUAGUUGUGUACAGUUUGAACUCUUAACUCGUUUGCAUAUGACAGCAUUUUGGUCUUUUAAUAUCUGACUUUUGCUUCAAAUCUGCCUAAUUGUAAAGUAACCAAGACUGUCUCACUAAGCUCUUAAUUCUGGAGGUUUUUACAUCACCUCAAUUGUGUGCACUUAACCAAGAAGCAAGCCUAAUUCUUUUCAUGGGCACUUAAAUAAAACGUCCUAGCCAUUGUUUUAAACUUUAUCCUCUUCAUGGUAAGCUGUCAUACUUGAGACACCUGAGGGUGCUUAGCAGUGUUAUUAACUGAGCAUGCUCACAAACUCAGUUUGGGUGUUAGGCUGUCCCUGUUCUUGUUGUGUAUAAUAUAGCUUCAUUUGUAUCAUUACCUUUUGAUGCAUCAUAUUCCAUCAUGCCCUUUAUUUGGUGUCAUUAUCACUGCCUGUCUAACAUCAAGGUUUGUUGGUUUUAGUUUUAGUUUUUUUCUGUUCAAUUAGCAGUAACCAAUCUAAUGCAAGCUGGUCAGUCUUCCCUUCCUCUUUGGGGAGAAUUUCGUAGAGGGGGUGAAUUUUUUAUAAGUCUCAAGUUUUUCACAUAUUAAGCAUUGCUCUUGAGACAGUAUUAUUGACACUUGUCAAUUCACUGCUUACAAGAUAGUUUUUGACUCCUGAGUAUAGAAGAAUUUGUCUUACAUUUCAUGAAUAUGACCCUCAGAAUUGUGAGACUCCAGCCUAAUUCUCAUUUUGAAGGACUGUGGUGACAUUAAAAUGUACUCAGCUAAUUUAUCUAACUUUAUUUCCCAUGUGACAAAAAUAUAUAACAUUUUAGAUGUCAGCUUCCAAGUAGUCGCUCAUUGUAAAGACGUUUGUCUUUACUGGUGUCUAUAUUGUGUGUAUAGCUAUACUUAUAAAUGUUUUGGGUAAGCAUUACUAUAUGCAGUUUGCCUGACAAGUGUGCUAAUACUUCCCCCAGAUAGAUUAUUAGA